AUGUCCAACUCUGUAUUUGACGCAUUCAAGCCCAUCAACGUCGUCCUCCCUUAUGGGUUUGGCUUCGUAGGCCUGGCCGCUACCGGUGGUCUGUGGCUCAACUUCUGGCAGAUGUUCCUCGUCAGCAAGGCUCGCAAGGCAUCCGGCGUCAAGUAUCCUCAGAUGUACGCUAGCAAGGAGGAGCAGGAGAAGAGCAAAGAGGCCCUCAUGUUUAACUGUGUUCAGAGGGCACACCAGAACACCCUCGAGAACAUGCCCAUGUACCUCACCACCCUCUUCCUCACUGGCCUGCGCUAUCCCCGCCUGGCAGUCGGCUUCUCUUCCAUUUGGCUCGUAGGCCGCGUCCUGUACACCACCGGCUACGCUAGCGGUGACCCCUCUGGCCGAGUCACUGGCGCCAAGGUCGGAGCUGUCGGAAUUCUCGGCCUGCUCCUCUCUGCCACCUGGAGCACUAUCGCCUUCAUCACCGAGACUGGCGGAAAGAUCUAA